CCUCAUGGAAGUGAAGGCAGAACUGGAGGCGGUGUUUCCAGACCCACCACUGGCACUCUAGCCUCCUCCUUGAACAAUUUUGAAUCAUCAAACAAAACUGAUCUAAUAGAUUCUCCACAGAAGCCUCAAAUUCGAUACUUCCUAAAGUCGGAACGUUCUAUUGUGUCUCCACCUCCGUUACCAACACGUCCUUCAGUCCCUCAAGGAAGUGAAGGCAGAACUGGAGGCGGUGUUUCCAGACCCACCACUGGCACUCUAGCCUCCUCCUUGAACAAUUUUGAAUCAUCAAACAAAACUGAUCUAAUAGAUUCUCCACAGAAGCCUCAAAUUCGAUACUUCCUUAAGUCUGAACGCUAUGCUGGCUCUUCGCCUUCGACACCACCGCGUCCCCCAGGAACUCGUGGUAGAUGCGAAGGCGUGACUGUACAUCACCUCGCCUCACCUUUGCUUGCCUCGGCACCUUUACCAUCAACACCUCCACCACCUCCACCUGUCUCUGCUCCUCCACCACCACCACCACCACCAUCACCGCCACCUCCGUCCAUUCAGCCGCAUCUCACUGUGCCAUCGAUCACUCCGUCUGGAGGUGAUGCUUCCAAAGAUGAUACCUCCAAGCCUACCACCGGCAAUUCCUUUUUGGAUGACAUCAGAUCUUUUAAUAAGACCAAUCUAAAAAAUGUCAACGCGGAGACAUCGGAGACGCGACCCACUGUGGGGUACAUGAAUCCCCGAGGUCUCGAGAGCACAUUAAAUAAUGCCUUAAACAGCCUAUUGGUCCAUCAAAGUCAACAAAUUGUCGAAGAUGAGAAUGAGGACUGGGAUUAA